AUGUCCAUGGCCGCCGUAACUAAGAAGAAGAAGGUCAUCAUCGACACCGACCCAGGGAUCGAUGAUGCCAUGGCCAUCUUCGUGGCGCUGAGGUCGACGGAGCUGGAGGUGGUUGGCCUCACCACCAUCUUCGGCAACGUCUACACCGCCCUCGCCACCCGCAACGCGCUGCACCUCCUGGAGACCGCUGGGAGGACCGACAUCCCCGUCGCGGAGGGUUCCCAUGUAACAAUCAAGAAAGCCACCAAGCUACGGAUUGCCAGCUUCGUCCACGGUUCGGAUGGCCUCGGCAACCAGAACUUCCAUCCGCCGAUCGGCAAGGCGGUGGAGCAGUCCGUCGCCGCCUUCCUUGUCGAGCAGGCGAACCUCUACCCCGGACAAGUAACCGUCGUCGCCCUCGGCCCCCUCACCAACCUCGCGUUGGCCGUCGAGCUUGACCCUUCUUUCCCCAAGAAGAUUGGGCAGAUCAUUAUCCUGGGUGGUGCUUAUUCAGUUAAUGGAAAUGUCAACCCUGCAGCUAAGGCAAAUCCCCCGGCCACCCCGUUCCCAGCACCCCACCCCUCACCGCCGCCCUGCGCACACCACUCGCCGGAGCCGAGGACCGCCACCGCCCCCGAGCUCCUUUACCAGCCCCGCCGCCCCACUCGCCUUACCGACGCCAUCCAGAGGCUCCACUGCCGCCGCCUCACCCCGUUUCCCCGACCACCCGAAGCUCCACGCCCCCGCAGCGCCGCCCCGUCGCCCCGCCGGAGCCCGAGCUGCUGCCACGUCUACCCCCUCCCGGAGUAG